AUGCGCUUCUCCAACACCACCGCCCUGGCUUUCGCCCUCGUCGGGUUCGUCUUCGCCGACAUGGGCGUCUCGCCGGCCUCGGUUAGCAAGGAUGCUGACCCCGAUCGUCACCACACCAGAGAUCCUACCAAACCGGAUGUGGUACUCCUAAUCGAUGUCACUGGCAGUAUGGGCGGAUCCAUAGAAAACAUCAAGACGAACCUGGUCAAUGUCAUCUCCGAUGUCAGCAGGGUGCAGCCGAACGCCCAGUUCGCCGUGGCCAGCUUCGGCGAUUUUGGAAACCCAAAUCGAUUUCAUGUGGAACAAGCGCUGACAAGCGACCUCCUUGCCCUACAAAACGCGGUCAACUCCUUGACUGCCAACUUAGGCGGCGACGACCCCGAGGACUGGAUCAACGCGCUCUUUCAGCUCUCCACCGGUGCCGUCACCUUCCGCGAAGGUAGUAGCCGGAUCAUAGUUCUCAUUAGCGACGAGCCCAGCCACGAGCCCAGCAACGGACACACCCUCGACGGUGACACCAUCGUCGCCUUGAAGGAAAAAGCCAUCCGCGUCAUUGGCGUUAACGUCGGAGCCCAGCGCCUUGAUCAGCUCGGCCGGGCCACCAAGGUGACCACCGCCACAGGCGGCGUCAUCAUUGACUCCACCGUCGACAAGGUUACCCUGGCAAUUGUCACCGGGCUGAAGAACCUCGAUGUUACCAUCAAACCCGACAUAGUCUCCUGCGACGUGGGCUUAACCGUCGAGUUCGCCCCAACCGAGAUCAAUGUGACUAGCGGCACCGUCGCCACCUUCCACGAGACGGCGAGGUGGCCGACGACGCCACCCAAGACGCCACCCUUCAAUGCUUCGGUCGUCGUGGCGGUUAAUCAGAUAGGUUGCUUCACCUGCGAUCCGCACUCCGGCAAGAACAUGUGCCAUCCCACCACUUCUUGUGCGCCAACGCCGUACGGGACAAUGUGUCUGACGAGGCCAGGGUAUAAGGCAGAUGGCACAGAUGACAACAAUGUCAAGGUGCAGUGGCGGAUGAAGUGGCCUGUCCAUGGCCAUGAACACCGUGUCGCUGUCGUACCGGGUACAUCGGCCGAUACGCUCUGCGAUCCAAAGAAUACGGGGCCGGAUGUCUGUAAAGAGGUCAAGGUUGCUGAUUGCAAGGCGGCAGCGGCGGCACCAGAAGGUGCGCGCUUGGAUGUCACUGAUCAGAAGAUCAUGGGUGGGGGAGAAUUGUAG